AUGAGAACUCAUAGCAGACGAGAGCAGCAACAGUAACGCACGCUUUUUUAUUUCAAGACAGAGAAUUCUGUCGUUACAAGGGAAAAUAUGUCCAUAUUUACGCCAACAAACCAAAUUCGACUUACUAACGUGGCGGUGGUGAGGAUGAAAAAAGGGGGGAAGCGAUUUGAAAUUGCCUGCUAUAAGAAUAAAGUGAUGAGUUGGAGAUCAGGAGCAGAGAAGGACCUGGAUGAGGUAUUGCAGACCAAUUCUGUUUUCAUCAACGUUUCCAAAGGUCAGGUUGCUAAGAAAGAUGACUUGUCGAACGCCUUUGGAACAGAAGACUUGAACGAAAUUUGUAAACAAAUUUUAGCUAAAGGGGAACUCCAGGUGUCAGAUAAGGAGCGUCAAAGCCAGUUGGAGACUAGUUUUAGAGACAUAGCGACCAUCGUGGCCGAGAAAUGUGUGAACCCAGAGACCAAACGUCCAUACACAGUGAACCUCAUAGAACGGGCCAUGAAGGACAUUCACUAUUCUGUCAAAGCCAACAAGAGCACUAAGCAACAGGCUCUGGAAGUGAUCAGACAGUUGAAGGAGUCCAUUCAAAUUCAGAGGGCCCACAUGAGACUGCGUUUGCUUCUGCCAGUUAAGGAGGGCAAGAGGCUAAAGGAGAAACUGAAGCCCCUCCUUAAGGUGGUGGAGAGCGAGGACUUUGACGAGCAGCUGGAGAUGGUGUGUCUUGUAGACCCUGGCUGCUUCAGGGAGAUCGAUGAGAUGAUUCGCUGUGAGACCAAAGGCAGGGGGUCCCUGGAGGUGCUCAGCCUGAAAGAUGUGGAGGAGGGAGAGGAGAGGCUGGAGUAGGCGGCCUGUAACAUAACCUUACCAGGACUGUGUAUCCAUACUAAAGUACAGUCCUCUUCCACCGAAAACUGCUAAGUCAUUAAGAGACUGGUAUUUUGGAUCCAUUUGAAACCACUGGUGCCCUUCUUGUGUUCGGCCCCUGUAUAUUUGAAGAUUAUUUAAAUAGAUAUAUCUGAAAUAAAUAUUUUUCUUCUUUCCCUGGA